ACCCUAGUUAUAUUAGAAGCAGAGACUUGACUGAUUCAUCAUGGAGACAGGAUCAAAUAGGAGCAGUCCGAUUGGAUAAUUUUCGAUAACCCAGUGCUAGUAAAUUAAACCAAGAAGAAACUAUAUUUGUUAUGAUAUCGAAAUCAACAGCGAUUACCGUUAGAUUAUCCAAUAAGAAUCCUGGUUAUAAUUACUCUACUCAACGUAUACUACUCCAUCUAUAUCAUUUGAAAUCUACGUAAUUCUAACAUUUUAUCCAAGAGUCUUGUCUGAAUUUCUUCAGUGAAAUAAUCAAAAUCAUCAAAGAAUGAAAUCACAAAACACUUAUCCAACCCUAUUCAGAUAUUGAUUUUAGCAAGUAAGUAAGUGUGAGUCAGUAAGAUGUGAAUAAUGCGAACAUUUUACAGUGUGAAAAACAAUGAAUGUGAGUGUAUGUGUACCUUUAUGUUAUUCAUAAUUAAUAUUUGGUAAAUAGAUGCAGUUUCUGCCUACUAAAUAAAACACGCUAAUUAUUUUGUUCAUUAAAAGUUGAAAUAAUGGUACGAAAGUACGAAAGUAAUUUGAAUAUUUUAACAUCACAACUAUGCUAUUGAUUUUUCUCAUUUACAUACACAUUGAUGUUUUAAGAACACUUUUCAAUUUGUACUUUAAUUAUUAUUACUCCGAGACUAACUCCAAACACAAAACACAAUACGUUCAAAUGUGCUCAUGUCAAUGUGUUUAUGUAUGAUAGAUCAUUAUUAUUCAACUUUUAUGUUAAUUAUGGACAUCCUAUUACUCUAUUAUGUAAUGUCUACUAAAUAACACCAGAUAAAACAUUAACUUACCCAAUUAGGCAUAUACCACCAGAAGCUAAUGAAAAAUUUAUUUGAAGACUUGAAAAUUCAGAUAAACAGAUUUGGUCGGACAAUAUAUAUUUCAAGUGAAAAGUCUGGUGAAAUGAUGCCUGGAAUCAUAGUGAAUACUUCAUUAGGUCAUGUAAUAAACUGGAAUGUUUCGGAUAAUAUAAUACCUCUUCAUGCGAUAUAUUGUAAACCUUUCAUUGUUCAAAUCAGUUUUAAUGGAACAAUAUUAAGUACAAGUAUUUUUAACAUUACACCAGAAGAUGGGAAACUAGAGGGUAGUUGGAAACAAUAUGCACUGACCGACAACAAAACUGGAACAGUAACUCACUACUGCAGUUUUGAAACUUUAACUGGAAGUGAUUGUAAACUUUCUGUUGUUGGCAGUUAUCAAAACACUGCUGGACGAUGCACAUACAAGAGAGGGAGUGGGGAUUCAUCAUUGAAUUUUUUGAAAUCAAAUACAUCUUAUACUCUUCAAUGCUUAGAUCAGUCCGGUUACACCGAAGUCAGCUCUAUACCACAUAACAUUGGCAAUGAUCAAAGGAAUAUUUUCCUUGAAAAUCUUCAUAACUCUCAACUCCCAGAUCCCGAUGAAGAAGACAGGUGUCCAACUGAGCAAGAUUUUCCCAAAGUGGAAGGCUUGACAGUCACUGCCAUUGCAGAAGGUUCAAUUCAUUUACUCAGUUGGAAUAAGAUAAGUGAGAAAUUCAGCGAGUGUCUAUCACACUAUUUAUUGGUUCGCGUUCAUCGACGUCUAAAACCGAAGUUAAUUAUACUCUCAGUUAUGAAAUAUCGGGUUGAUGGACAUUUGAAUAAUAUAAUUAUGGACAUAUCAGAAGACCAAAAUUACAUUUACAAAGUUAAGGCACUUUUCAAAAACUCCAUUAAAACCCAAUUUUCCGAGCGUGUUGAGAUCCAGACGCCAAAUGCAGUGAAUCAUAACUGCAGCUGCCUCCCAAGUGGUGUUCAUACAAACAAGACUGGUAUCAAAGUACCAGCUCUUGUAAUAGACAGAAGAGCCCAAAUUUCAUGAGAAAACGACGAAUUUUCAGAAAGAAACAUUUUUUUUCCAUCAGCUGAAGUAAAAAUGGAUUGAUUUCUCUAAUUUUCAAGUUAACGUUUCUUAUAUUAAGUCUCACUAUUUAUUUCAUUGUUCUGUUGAUUAAAAUUCAAUCAC